AUGAUUAGAAAACGGGACAAAACUGUUUUGAUGGUUGUAACCCUUGUGGCGGCGACUUGUAUAUUUUUUCAGCUAAGUUUUUUAUGGAACUCACGUUCCUCCUUUUCAGAAAUCGCUCGAGAGAAACAAGAUAUCGAAAAACAUUUGCAGCAGAUGGUAAUGCAGGAAUUUCAAAUGCAUCCUUUUAACUCAGCCGCGGAAUCUUCGUCAAACUUCACAUCGACUUCUACUUCGCAAAUUAAUCACAAAACAUUUCUUACAACCAGGAGAUCUUGUAUGCAACAUUACGAUCUUCUUAUGAUUGUCUCAUCCGCUCCAGGUAAUUUUAAAAGAAGGAAUAACAUUCGAAAGUCAUGGGCUUUCGAAAGAGCCUUUAGACCGAGAUGGACGACAGCUUUUCUUGUCGCUAAAACACAGGAUAAAGGAGUGUCAAACUUGUUGUUAGAGGAAGACGAAGCUAAUAAAGACCUUGUGCGAGCCAGCUAUUACGAUCAUUACUGGAAUCAAACCCGGAAGAUACAAAUGGGCUUCGAAUGGGCAGUAAUGUAUUGCAAUUUCUCGUUUCUUUUGAAGUUGGAUGACGACGUUUUCGUGCACGUUCCAAGAGUUCUCUCCUUCUUAAGCGCACCCACCACGCCGAAGAAGAUGUUUUAUGCUGGCUGUCAUUAUGCAAACAUGGGCCCUCAUAGGAAAGGCAAAUGGAUGGUAACUUACGAGGAGUAUAACGAGACAAGAUAUCCAGAUUUUUGCCCCGGUUUUGGAUAUAUUUUAUCUCACGAUGUUGUACGUGCAUUUGUUGACACUUUCUCUUCUUUGCCGUUCUUCAGAUUGGACGAUGUUUACGUUGGCAUGCUGGCAAAUAAGAACGGAAUAAGUAUCACAAACAAUGUGGGUUUUGAAGUAUGGCAUCCACCCCAAUAUGUAUGUGUUCCAACAAAGGAUACUUUAGUCAGGCAUGAUGUAGGGGAAGAGUGCCAAAUGAAAAUGUUUAACUUAGCCAUUUUCCCUUAG